GAAAUAUUUCCUGUCUGUCCCUGUUAAAAAAAAGUUUGUCAACCACUGGCUGAGUAUCCACUCUGUAAUCAGACUUGAAACUAGUCCAGUAUGGCUUUCCUUGGACUGUUCUCCCUGCUGGUUCUGCAAAGCAUGUCGGUAGGGACCACUUUCCAUGAUGACACCAUUGCUGAGUUGUCAGUGAAUAUGUAUAACCAUCUUCGAGCCACUGGGGAAGAUGAAAAUAUUCUCUUCUCUCCAUUGAGCAUUGCCCUUGCGAUGGGAAUGAUGGAACUUGGGGCUCAAGGAUCUACUCUGAAAGAAAUUCGCCAUUCAAUGGGCUAUGACAGCCUCAAAAAUGGUGAAGAAUUUUCUAUCUUGAAGGACUUUUCUAACAUGGUCACCACUGAAGAGAGUCAGUAUGUGAUGAAAAUUGCCAAUUCCCUCUUUGUGCAGAAUGGAUUUCAUGUCAAUGAAGAGUUUUUGCAAAUGAUGAAAAAAUACUUUAAUGCAAAAGUAAAUAAUGUGGACUUCAGUCAAAAUGUAGCCGUGGCCAAUCACAUUAAUAAGUGGGUGGAAAACAACACAAAUAAUCUGUUGAAAGACUUGGUGUCCCCACAGGAUUUUGAUGCUGCCACUCAUCUGGCCCUCAUCAAUGCUGUCUAUUUCAAGGGAAACUGGAAGUCACAGUUUAGACCUGAGAAUACCAGAACUUUUUCCUUCACUAAAGAUGAUGAAAGUGAAGUCCAAAUUCCAAUGAUGUAUCAACAAGGAGAAUUUUAUUAUGGGGAAUUUAGUGAUGGCUCCAAUGAAGCUGGUGGUAUCUACCAAGUGCUAGAAAUACCAUAUGAGGGAGAUGAGAUAAGCAUGAUGCUGGUACUGUCAAGACAGGAAGUUCCACUGGCCACUCUGGAGCCAUUGGUCAAAGCACAGCUGAUUGAAGAAUGGGCAAACUCUGUGAAGAAGCAAAAAGUAGAAGUAUACCUGCCCAGGUUCACAGUGGAACAGGAACUUGAUUUAAAAGACAUUUUGAAAACUCUUGGAAUAACUGAAAUUUUCAUCAAGAAUGCAAAUUUGACAGGACUGUCAGAUAACAAAGAGAUGUUCCUUUCCAAGGCAAUCCACAAGUCCUUCAUCGAGGUUAAUGAAGAGGGAGCUGAAGCGGCCGCCGCCUCGGGAAUGAUUGCAAUUAGUAGGAUGGCUGUGCUGUAUCCUCAAGUCAUUGUGGACCACCCAUUUUUCUUUCUUAUCAGGAACAGGAAAACUGGUACCAUCUUUUUCGUGGGACGAGUCAUGAAUCCUGAAACAAUGAACACAAGUGGACAUGACUUCGAGGAACUUUAAAUAUUUCAUUUGAGUAACAAGGAAAAUAGUAACAAAGCACAUUAUGUUUGCAACUGGCAUAUAUUUAGGAUUUGUGUUUUACAGUGUAUCUUAAGAUAAUAUUUAAAAUAGGUCCAGAUAGAAACAAUAUAUGUGAAUUGUAAGUCAACCUGUCAAGGAAUGUUAUCAGUAUUAAGGUAAUGGUCCUGUUCUGCUGUUGUGUGUGUUGUGCUGUUGUUUAAAAUAAAAGUAUGUACUGAACAUG